AUGAAGUUCUCCAUCUCAUCUGCUUUGCUGAUCACUGCUACUAUUUUCUCCGUUGGUAAUGCUGCUCCCCCAAAUCUCCCAGCGCCAUGUUUGGAGAUCCCUCAGGCCCUCAGUCAGCAGCCCACCAGAAUGAUGCAAUACUUUAAUGCACAGGUCUGUGAGAAUGCCCGGUGUGUUAGCACAAUCAACGAGUACAACCAGUAUCUCCACAACAACAUCGUCCCGCAACUCAUCCAGGACGUAAACAACAACCUGGGUGUAUCUGCCAAUGAGCAGGCGUUGCUUAACCAAUUCCGCACUCAGCUGGUCGCAGUAGUGCAGCAGAGCUGCGCAGCUGAAGGAAAUAGGCCUCUGUGCAACAACCCGGAAGGACUGCUUAAUUAUAAUACCUGUGUUACCAGAGCCACCCAGCCGAUUCUGGAGCAGCAAGCCAACCAGCUAUCCAACACAGCUCAGCUUACCAACGAGAAGUGCCAGAAGAUCAAACAGCUCAUCUCUGACGAGACGAUGUGGUCCAAGAAUCUUCCUGGAUACAUUGACCAAUUCGCUGCCAUGUGCAAGAAGGGCAACUAG